UCUAUGGGAUUCCCAAUCUGCAGCAGAGACUUACCCGAGCUUGUUGCGGCGGCGGCUGGGCUUGCGAGGCGCGAUCCAAGAGGGAUUUAAGCAGCCUACAGCUUCAGAGAAAAAAAGAGCGCGAGAGAACCACACACAGAGACGGCUUAACCGUUUAUCUGAAUUAUACAUAUAUAUAAAGAACUGUUGAGUUUUAUUAUUUUCAUUAAGUGACCGUGCGCAGCGCUAUAACUGCAGAAUGGGGAAACAGAAUAGCAAACUGGCCCCUGAAGUGAUGGAGGACCUGGUGAAGAGCACAGAGUUUAACGAGCAUGAGCUCAAGCAGUGGUACAAAGGAUUCCUCAAGGACUGUCCAAGUGGGAGGCUGAACCUCGAGGAAUUUCAGCAACUCUACGUGAAGUUCUUCCCUUACGGAGACGCCUCCAAGUUUGCCCAGCACGCCUUCCGAACCUUUGACAAGAACGGGGACGGCACCAUCGACUUCCGAGAGUUCAUCUGCGCCCUGUCCAUCACCUCGAGGGGCAGCUUCGAGCAGAAACUGAACUGGGCCUUCAACAUGUACGACCUGGACGGCGACGGCAAGAUCACGCGGGUGGAGAUGCUGGAGAUCAUCGAGGCUAUCUAUAAGAUGGUAGGCACUGUGAUCAUGAUGAAAAUGAAUGAGGACGGCCUCACGCCUGAGCAGCGAGUAGACAAGAUUUUCAGCAAGAUGGAUAAGAACAAAGAUGACCAGAUUACAUUGGAUGAAUUCAAAGAAGCUGCAAAGAGCGACCCUUCCAUUGUAUUACUUCUGCAGUGCGACAUUCAGAAAUGAGCUGAGGUCAAUGCUAUGGACUGCACAAAAGUCUCAAUGUUCCAUUCAGUCUGCAGCUAUACGCACACACAUACACACACACACACACACACACACACACACACACAAAUAUUGCUUGGACUACCUAUCAAUGGACUUGCUUCUUGUGUUUGAAACACUUGUGUGCAUGAGAAUGUCAUUUGCUAAUGAAUUUUAAAAGCAUAUAUUAUAAAACAAACAACCUGCCACGAUGUGAUACGUGUAACAUCAUUUCAUAAAAACCCUCCUCCCCUAAAGCCUGGGCAGAAAUGUGCUGCAAAGAGUUCUAUGGUUUCUUGUUCAUGUUUUGCCAAUGCUCGUGUCUCCUUGAUUACAUGUUAGUAGCACUGAGACCCCCACGGUAAUGUAACUUUAAUAUAAGCUGUGUCACCAUUCUCCUGUAAAAUAGUACUGACAGACAUGUGGAGGGGCCUUGGCUCCUCUGUGUGGUCCAUACUCAAGAUCUUGUCUUAUCAGUGGAGAUAAAUGUGCUACAUUUGCAUGCCUCUUAGGUUUGCCUUAAUUCUUACCUCAUUUGCAUCCUAUCAAUCUGGAAAGAGCUAUGUUGGAAUUAAUGCAGUAUAAAACUUAAAAAUCCUGCUAAAUGACUCGUUAAGUAUAUCUAUCUAUAUAUACAUAUACACAAAGAUAUUAUUUAUUGAAAGUAAACAAA